AUGGCUGUUAAGGGUAGUGGUUCCCUGAAGAGAAAGGCAGCUCAGCUUGACCUCGACGGCGAACCGUUGACGGAAGCAGAGGCCGCCCCAGAACAGGAGCAGGAGGCACAGGAGAAGGAGGAGCAGAAGAGCCCCAAGCCAAAGAGCCCAGCCAAGCCCAAGAGCAAGAGCAAGCCGAGCAAGCCGCAGACCUCCCCCAAAGCAAAGGCGAAGGCAAAGGCCAAAGCAAAAGCAAAAGCCGAGAGCAAGCCCCCAGCAAAAACACCCAAGGCCAAGAGCACAGCCAAAUCUACCCCCCAGCCGAAGGCCAAGAAAACUAAGCCGGGGAAGCAGCUCAAGGAGGGGGACAACAACAACAAGAACGUGACCAGACAGGAAAGCUUCGCUGACAAGGCUUUGCAGUGGAAGCUUGCAGCCGAGGACAAAGCCGAGGCCCAGGAGAAGCCUAAGGAGGAGCCCGAGGCAGAGGAGCAGGACGGCGACGAGGAGGACGACCAGGGCGGCGAAAAGAGGGACCUCGCCAAGGCCAGGAAAUUCAAGAGAAUGUCCGAUGCCGGUGCAAUCCCGGAACACAUUCAGGAGGUUCUGAGCAAAGCGAAGACCCGUGCUGCCAAGACGGAGCUGAUCAACGAGCUGUUCGACAAGAACGACAAAGGCAAGCUGAUCAUGAAAUCGGACAAGCCCGUGUUCGAGACCACGAAGCAGGCCAAGCAUCAGAAGUUUGGUCGAGAUGAAACCAUGGGGGCACCAAAGGAUGUGGUUUUGCACCGGGACUACCAUGGCGAUGAAAAGGCUUUGGAUGCUUCCAUUGCAAGGGGCACGGUGAUGGUGUGGCUGCAGGAUGGGGUAGAGUUCGCGGGCUAUCGGCAAACCGUUGCCGGGAUUGGCAAGACGGUGGAGGACAAGCACCAAGCGAAGAGUGGUGCCAAGGAGAUCACCGACGAGACCUUUCAGGCCCUCGACAAGGCCUUCCGAGCCAUGACCUUUUCGUUUGAUCAAGAUGACCAGCCCCGCCAGGCUAUCGCAGCAGAGGCAGCAAGCUCGAAGGAGCCCCCCGUCCUCAAGCAGUUCACGGAGUCCCAGCAAGCUUUGCUGGAGGAGGCCAAAGGAGCGAUGGAGCGGCUUCAUAGUGCUGCUAUGAGGAUGAUUUCAAAAUGCUCGCAAGCGAAGGACAAGGAGAGCUUCAAGCCGCACAUGCUUGCUAUGAAAUCAUGGAUGGACAGGGACGACCACCUGUUGCUAUGGAAAGAGUUCCCAGACUCAGAGCGGCCCCUCACCGCUGCAACCUUCAAGGACUACAUGUGUGAGCAUUCCGAAACGGCGGUUUCCUUGAACGAGGAGUGCGAGAAAUUCAAAGCCCUUUUGAAAGCAAGGAAGGAGCUGCGAGGUGGAGUGCAGCAGAGGAUCCAAAAAGUUGAAGCCAGAAAUGAUGCAGCUCCUGUUGCGAGCAAUCUGGCACAUGAGCUGUUGGAGCGAUGGUCGUGGGGCGAAGUGAGCCCUCAGGUGGUCCAAAAGCUGGCAGCUGCCUCCCAAAGGGACUUUCAAGCUGUCGGAGCGACACCGCCCAGCGAAGUCGCUGCUUUAGCUGGCUUGGGAUCUGCUGGUCUGUAUCCGAAUAAUAUGCACAAGGAGAUUCUGAAAAUCGCCAACAAGAACAAUGCUUUUUCGAAGCCCUUCGCUGUCAAAAUGAGCUUCAAGCCACCCUGGGACAAACUGCUUCAGACGAUGCUUCUUCCACAUGUGGUAUUUUCUGAUCUUUACCACUCUUACCCAGCCGCCUUUGCAAAGUUCAUGAUGCCUUCUGGAGGUAUUCAGAAACUUAAAGAAUUCUGGCGCCUUCAGAAGGCGGGUCAUCCCGCUUGGCGAAACCACCCGAUCGUCAGCAAGAAGUCCUUCGAUGCCGAGCAUACCCUGCCUUUACAGCUACACGGGGACGGCACCCCUGUGGUGGGGAUAGGGAAAAUCUGGAGCAGGCAGCUGACCUCGUACACGUGGAACAGCCUUCUGGCAGAGGGGUGGACAAAGGACAGUAUGAUGCCAUCGUGGUUUUGCUUCGAUGAGACCGAGGCUGGAAAAGAAACGACAGAUGAAUUUUUCCGAAUCAUCUGUUGGUCGUUUGCCUGCCUUGCCAGUGGAGUCUGGCCAGCAGCCAACCACUUGGGUGCAAAGUAUCCCGCCGGUACCGUGGAAGCCCGUCGAGCCGGGACGCCGCUGGCGAAUGGACUGCGAGGCAUCAUCUGGAGUUUGAAUGGCGAUGCCGAAUAUUUGGUGCAAAAGCUGCAGUUGCCGCAUUACGGAUCGAAAGCAUCCCCGUGUGCCCUUUGCAAGUGCAGAGGCGACAAUUCCGAUUCGAGCUGGCAUGGUUGCCGAACAAGUGCUCGGUGGCUCACGUUGGGAUGGACAAGGGAAUCAUGGUUGGCAUACCCGGAGCGAUCAUCGAGCACCAUUUUCUCCAAUGCCACUGGUCUCACCCCAUUGAACGUGCACUACGAUUACAUGCACUGCAAGUACUUGGGGGCAGAUCAGAUCAGCUUCGGGUCGGUCCUUGAUUUGUUGGUGAGCCACCUCAUGGCAGACUCACCACUAACAAAUCUGGGACAAUGCUGGGACAAAAUCGUUACCUCGUACAAGAGACUGGGAAUCUCCGAGAGGUAUAGAGGCUUCCGCAAGCUCACAAUGGCGGGCCAGAUUGUUUUUUUUGGCGAGCCCCUGUUGGAACUUUGGGAGGAGCACAUGCAUCCUGAUCUUGCUGUGCACUGCAAGAUCAGGACGUACUUGCAACUGAACAUCGCCAUGGAGAAGAUCAUGAAGGAGUGCCGAGCCGAGACUGCUUUCCCGGAGCCCCAGGCGACCAACUUCAUCGAAUAUGCCUUCGCUAUGUGCAAUCUUCAUAUGGAGUUGGGGGCACACUUCGAGGCCGAAGGCCUCAAGCUUUUCAGCCCUUUACCCAAGCUGCAUCUGCUUUUGCACACGGUUUUGCUUUGCCGCCACAUCAACCCGAGACUCACUUGGUGCUACAAAGGCGAGGACCUUCAAAAGGUCAGCAGGAGUUUGGCCGCCAGCUGUGCCCGAGGACUCAGAGGACCGGCGGUGACGGUGAAAAUGGUGAGCAAGCUCAGGGCGGCCCUGGGUGAAGGUUUCACGGUCCACCCGGUUGUGCGUCGCUGCAUGCAGCUGGUGGAUGUCGUGGCGGGUGAGGUCGAAGCUGGCCACGAUUGUCUGGACCAGGACUGGACUCCAAAACGCCCCGAGCGUGACAUUAAGCCGAUCAAGUCUGGCUUUCUUGUCAAGCAUCACCCCAACGGCUCUGCCCCCUCGCAGUUGCAAGAGCGAUACUUUGUGCUUUCCCGAGGCAUGUUGCAAUGGCACAAGGACGCCAGCAGGGGUGCAGAAGUCAUCGGAGCUGUCAGGCUCGGAGCCAACACCAGCAUCUCCAAAGAGCAGGAGCUGCGGGUGAAGGCCUCCGACUCGGAGCUCGUCUUGUCCCACGCCGAAGGAGCAGUCCUCGACGAGUGGGCAAGAGUGCUGGAACACGAGGCCAAAGACGAGCUGGCGGACUGUCGGACCUUUGGCCCUCGACCCUGCUUGUCCCGCUUCAAAGAUCUCAACUCCGCGCCCAGCAUGGACUGCGAUCCCAGCAUGCUAGCCUGGUUACUGGAGGGAGAUGAUGCGCCUCGUGGAUACUCUGUGGCCACUGUCGGGCGCUAUGCAGACAAGAUUGAUGCGCUGAUCCAAGCAGCUUCCCAGCUUAUGAAAGCACAGCCCAUUGUUUCCGACGUGACUGCUCCGGCGAAAGUCUUUGGAGACAUUCACGGACAGCUUCGAGAUCUUCUUUUGCUUUUUCACUUUUAUGGCAGGCCCGAUGAUGACGAGGAGGAGAAAGAGAACGACGACGAGCCCAUGGCCUACGUGUUCAACGGUGAUUGGGUGGAUCGUGGACGGCAUCAGCUGGAGGUGAUGGUUCUAAUCUUGUCCCUGAAGAUCAUCUACCCGAACCAGGUGUGGCUGAACCGGGGCAACCAUGAGGACCGACAGCAGAAUCUGCGAACUUCGAAGAUAGGUGCUACAACGUAG